AUGGCGGCGGAGUCGAGUACGCAGAGACGGCAGGGAAAGGAGUCGCCGGAAGAGCUACUGGCCAGACUUAACCUGCAAGAAGAGGAAGAUGAUGAUUUCGUCUGGGAGGAGGAGUUGCCAGAUCUGGGAGCUCCAGCAAAGUGGCUGGCCAUUGCAAGGGUACACACCCCGAAGAAGUUCAGCCCUAAUGCUCUAUAUGGGGACAUGUGGGCGGCAUGGAAUCCGGCAAAAACUGUUGCGUGGAGGAAGAUCAAAGACAACCUUUUUACUACUCAAUUUGGAUGUUUGGGGGAUUGGAACAAAGCUAUGAUGGAGGGCCCAUGGUUGUUUAGAGAUCAGGCUGUGAUCAUGGAAGAAUAUGAUGGUUUCAAAAACCCUGAGAGUUUUAAGCUGGAUAAGCUGGCAGUAUGGGCACAGAUCCAUCGCCUUCCUGACAACUUUUUGAUUGAGCCGGCGGUCAGAGGUUCGGCAUCUCGUAUUGGGGAAGUAGAGGACGUCCAAUUGAAACUCCCAGCAGGUUUCUUUGGUGAGUUUGUAAGAGUACGGGUGAAGAUUGAUGUACAUGCCAAGAUCAAGAGAUUUGUGACUGGAAAGAAGGGAGAAGAGAGGGUUAGAUACCAAGUAAAAUAUGAGAAGCUCCCAGUUUUCUGUUUCCACUGUGGUGAAUUCGGUCAUUGGCAUGAGGAGUGUGGUGAUGGAGUUCAUGAUGAGUCUAAGUUUGAAUGGGGAGACUUUGUUCUUGCAGAUAAUGUGCGCUUCCGACAAGCAGGGAGGGGUAGCUAUGGUCCUCAAAGGGGCCGGGGUGUACCAAGGAAUGCAGGCGGUAGAGGGAGAGGGAGGGAACCCUACAAUCCCAAUCAACCAUGGCGUUUCAACGCACAACCCACUGAGAACUAG